GGCGGAAAAUCCGGGCUUUGGGUGGUCUCCAUCCUCCGGCUGGUAGGAUGGAUUUUCCCGGCUGAGGGCGUCACGGUGAGGUGGUUGCGGCUCCUCUUCGGGUGUUGGGCGAUGCUUGGAGAUGCCGUAUCUCCUGACCUCUUCUUCCCGUUCUCCGGGUCGCUCUGGUGGCCAUCGGAGAACCCCAGACCUUCAUCGUGGUGGUCCUCCUCCUCCAUGUUUUUUAUUUCGUGGGGACGCUUUGUGCACCAAGAGGUUUCUCUUUUCGUUUUGUUUUUUUUUUUUUUUUAUCUUCUCCUUCUUUCCCCCCACCCGCUGUGGCUUGAGAGCCCAAACCCAACAUCCUCCCCCGGGGCACCCACCCAGUAGAUUGUGGAGAAGCCGCCGGAGCUGCAGCUCCCUCAGCGUUUCCUCAUCCAACUUCUUGCGCCACGCAGCUGGGGGAGGAAGUGGGGAAAUGCCUCUUGCCUUGGUGACUGGGGCGGGGACGGACGGACGGACGGACACCCCGACGCCCGUGAAACCGAGAGGUUUGGGGUGCUUGCACCACAUGUUCUUGAGGAGCAUCUCACCGGGCUGGUCUUGGAGGUUGGGAGCUGGUGGAGGAUGAACUUGUCAACGUCCAAUGAUACCUUCAAUGACUCCACCUGGGACGAUGACUAUUUCAUGUAUGACUUGGACAGUUAUGAAGUCCCUCACAGCUACCGUGCCAUCCUGGCGCUCUACGCCCUCAUCUUCCUCCUGGGCAUCUUGGGCAACGGGGCCGUCAUUUGGGUGACCGGCUUCGAGCUGCGGCGCACGGUGAACGGCGUCUGGUUCCUCAACCUCUCUGUGGCCGACCUCCUGUGCUGCCUGGCCCUGCCCUUCCUGGCCCUGCCGCUGGCCCAUGACCACCACUGGCCGUUGGGUCUCUUCUCCUGCAAGCUGCUGCCCUCCCUCACCAUCCUCAACAUGUUUGCCAGCGUCCUCCUCCUGAUGGUCAUCAGUGCUGACCGUUGUGCCUUGGUGACGCGGCCGGUGUGGUGCCAAAACCACCGGACCCUGGCGCUGGCCCGGGGGGCUUGCGCGGCCGCCUGGUUCCUGGCUGGGCUCCUCACCCUCCCCUCCUUCAUCUUCCGUUCCACCCGUAUCGAUCAUUUCUCCGACAAGACCACCUGCGUCCUGGACUACUCGGCCGUGGGGCACCACCAGCAGCUCACUGAGCUCGUCACGGCCGUCACCCGCUUCAUCUGCGGCUUCCUGGUGCCUUUCGUGGUGAUCACGGCUUGCUACAGCCUACUGCUGGCCCGUGUCCACAGCAAAGGCUUUGCCCGCUCUCGGAAAGCCAUCAAGCUCAUCUUGGUGGUCAUCAUCAGCUUCUUUGUGUGCUGGCUGCCCUACCACAUCGUGGGCUUGAUCCUGGCCUCCACCCAUCCUCAGAGCAGCUUGUUCAAGGGCGCCAUGGAAGUUGACCCCGUCGUGGCCGGUAUUGCCUACAUCAACAGCUGCAUCAACCCCAUCAUCUACGUCAUCAUGGGCCAGGACUUCAAAGAUAAGUUCCGGCGUUCUUGGAGAGCCGUGCUGCGGGCAGCGCUGAGUGAUGACCCCACCAGCACCAUGGGGGACAGCAGGAUGAAGACCAAGUCCACCAUGGAUGACCAAAGUGUCAGCACCACGGUGUGACCAGGAGCGAAGUGGCUCUAGGGCUGGAACCUCCUGUGUGUUGCUUGAGGCCACCACCUUUUCAUCUCCUGGAGGUCCCACUGGGCCCCGUAGAAAGAAGAUGACGCCUCCAUUGCCCCCUUUCCCCACCAGUUGCCCCCCGUGCUUGCAGGCUGGGCAAGUUGGGUGCCCACCUACCCUUGAGGGCCUCGUCCUGGCUUCCUUGGUGGCCUGCCAGCGGCCAGAGGACUUGGUCCUUGCAGGCAAUGCCACAUUCUUCUGCUUCUCCAGCCCAACCACGGACCCCAUUUCCAGCUCCUGCCCCAGAAGAACCGUGCUGCCCCAUGAAUCCCCUCCCAGCCCCACAUCUCCACCACCCCGCGUGGCCCAAGAUGUGGGUGAGCCCACCUGUGAGCUCAACACCCCACCUCUAUCACCCCAAAAAGUCAAGUCCACCCCAAAAAGUCAAGUCCACCCCACUGCUGGGGGGGGCUGGCUGCCCUUCACCCUCCCCCUUCCUUCACCCUAGCCACGUCCACCCUCGCCAAUAAAUAUUGAAGCUCCUUCAAGCCUUGA